AAAACUGACAACUUUUAAGGCAACUUCGGCUUUUUCCGCCAUCUGCCGAAGUGCGUCUUUUUUCGUGACGUAAUCAACAAGCGACGAGAGCUUGGGUUGUUGUUUCGUCUGAUCGUGGCCAUACGAAAGUCAGUUUAUUUCGUUGACAAGGUUACCAUGGAAGUUUUACAGUGAAGAAUGUGGUGGGAAAGGCUUCAGUCCAUCUUCUUUUUUACACAAGCAAACCAUUUUACAAGAGAACUUUUAGAGCCUUCUCCAGUGAGUGAAAGAAAAUUCGCCUCUAAUGUUUUUAAAUUUGCUUAAAAAAAUAAGCAAAAGACAAGACUUAAAAUCGAGGGCGUUGGGGAUGGGGUGGAAGAGUCAAAAGAGGACGUCAUGGUUCACAGGAGCUCCACUUCCUCAAUGAAAACGUCUGCCUCACCUCAGUCAACCGCUUGUACCACAGCGCCUCCUUCUGUCUCUCUCCCUGGAGGUACUGAUCAGGACUUGACACAGACCACAGCAAAACUCCUCACUGCAGAUCUUACCUGCAGCUCUGAUUCAUCUGCAGCUGCUGUGACUGCUACAAACCAACCAAUAAAAAAUGCAACAAAGGAAUUAAGUGAUAACUCGACGGCAGUCUUGCGCUCUAAACAGAUAUUGACCCCAGUUCGGGGUGCAGUCAAUAACCGAACAUCUGGACGAAAGAGAACUCCUAAGACUUGUGACUGUUGUGGUCCCAACAGUGCUGGACACAAUGUCAAAGCUUCAGGCAGAGGGAGAGGGAGGGAUAAGGACCUGGGGGCCACGACUAAAAGAAAAGUGGGACAGUCGGUGAACAUUAAAGUACAUGAAGGAGAAGAGGAGGAAAAGGCGGAGGAGAAGGUGCAGAUUCCCGUAGCAGAGUCUGACUCUCCGUCACAAAUCCAUGUCGCCACAGCUUCCACGGACAUCACACAGAAUGGGCCAUUGAAGAACUCUGACGCCCCGGAGGAGAGAUCUGUGCAGAAAACGGAGGAUGUGGUGGAAGCAUGCACGGGUCAGGAUGCAGUGCAAGGAAGCGGGAAUGGAAGGGAUGCUCACACAAAGUUGUUAGGGACGGCAUGCAGGGGAACGCUGGUAGUUAUGGGUAGAGAAGGAGGAAUUGUUAAAGCCCUGAUUGCAUCAAAUAUGAAAGAUAAUGUUGAAAUUAAAAGUGGUAAUAUCAUCAAUGUAACAACAGGUGCCUUAGCUCAGUCCGCGUUAGAAGGAAGCCGAAAUUCUCAGAUAUUCCAUGCAGGCCAAAACAAGUCCAGUUCAGUUGGAAGUCCUCUUGGAAAUGGAGAGACAGUAAGCCUGACGGACACAGAUGAAGAGAUGGAGGAUAGUGUUGUGAGUGAAGCUGCAAAUGGGUUGGUAUCCUCUUCAGCGCGACCAGGCGUUACUGCAGGACUUAGAGUUUCCUCCAGCCAAGAGUCUGAGAUGCAAGUGGACCAAAUCUCAGAUGAAACCGACCAAGUUUUUCUCUCGUUGAUGUCAUCCAACGGAAAAGUUACCACACCAACAGAAUGCGACCAAAAAUCCUUCCCCAUGGAGGUAGAAACGUGUCACCCAGCCGCGAUUCUCCCUCCAGACACGGGGCCUAUUGCAGUAAACAGCAAAGAGCACUUCUGGGCUUUGAGAGACCACAGACUGUACUGCCAGUCUGGCACUUGGGAAAAAAACGAGAUGGAACAAACACUGGUUCAAAACAAGGGAGACGACAAAAAGCUGGAUGCAGAGACGCAGAAGGAGGAACGCUUGGAGCAACUUAUUGAUGCAGUCCAAGAAUUCCUGGAGGGCUUUUAUAUCAAAUAUGGCAGCUUCACUCCUCUCAGUGAGUCUGAUGUUUUGGAAUACCUGAAGAAGCAAGCAGACUCUGACUUUGGCCUCAGUGGACUGGACAUUAAGAGGGCGAUGACCCGGUACAGAGCGGCGCUGGCUUCUUCUCCUGUUGCUGGCUUCAUGGUCACGUACAACAAACACACCCUGAGUCUGGAGGACCUCAGCACGCUGGAGGAGCAGAACUGGCUCAAUGACCAAAUCAUCAACAUGUAUGGAGAGCUAAUUAUGGAAGCCACAGAACAUAAGGUUCACUUUUUCAACAGCUUUUUCCACAAGCAGCUGGUCGCCAAAGGUUAUGAUGGAGUGAAGAGGUGGACAAAAAAAGUUGACUUGUUUUCCAAGUGGUUGUUGUUGAUCCCCAUACAUCUAGAGAUCCACUGGUCUCUUGUCACGGUCACCAUGGCAACCAAAACCAUCAGCUACUACGACAGCCAAGGCAUCGUCUUCCGACACACCACAGACAACAUAAUGAAGUAUCUUCAGAAUGAAGCCAGAGAGAAGAAGCAGGCAGCGUUCCAGAAAGGCUGGAAGAUCACUAUCAUCAGGGGAAUUCCUCAGCAAAAAAACGACAGUGACUGUGGAGUUUUUGUCCUGGAGUACUGCCGUUGCCUCUCGGUGAGGCAGCCUCUGCUGUUCAGUCAGGACGACAUGCCUCGCAUUCGAAAGAGAAUCUACAAGGAGUUGUGCGACUGUCGUCUGAACCGUUGACCGAGCGACCGCCGUCUGUUUGUGUGGUGUCAUGAGACCAUCUGUCCAGGUCUGACAGACAAAGUCCUCUGAAAGUCGGUUACAUAAGCUAAAGCGAACCCGGCCAUCUGUAUUCCAGGGAGCCUUAGCCGUCGUCUGCCUCUUUGACAGCAGAGUGGUGGUUACUUGAGGUGAUUCCGGGACUUUUACUUGCAAAGAACUACUGAGUUUGCUCUUCUACUGAUGGUUAUCUGUCAGUGAUUAUAUGAAGUCCUGUAUGAGGAUGUUGCACUUGCACACUUCAGGUUCUCCUUCCACCAUCGCUCAAGGAUUUUCUGUCUAUAGUCAACAGGAAAUCUGAUUUUUGAGCUGUCAUCCAACAGGACUGGCUUCAUUACCACGUCGUUCUAUGCCGGACUUUAAAGGUGUAGGAGACUACACUUACACGUUUCAAAGCAAGAAGAUGCGAUAUCGUGGACCAGCACUUCUCUCAAACUUGAACUCUGUUUUUGGACUUUGGAAAUUUGCACGAUAAGAAGUUUGCAAUGUAAGCGGAAUUUCCCAGAAUUCCUUCUUCCUCAAGAACCAGGAUUUUGGUGCAGUUUUUCUUCAACAAAGUGUCUGUUUUUGACAGUUCAUCUGCAGACGUUUCCUUAAUGAGAUCCAGUAUUUCUAUAGCAUUUUUCUUUCUUUUUACCAUGACACACACAAUUAAGUUAAGCUUAGCAUAAAACUCCUCAAACUCGUGCAAUGAUACCUAAAGCAGUUGAGUCCAAUGGCUUUUCAGGCUGCUCAGCCAAUCACGUUUUACUGAAAUAAAAUCUUUUUUUUUUAACGACAGUUGUUACUUCAAGUGUGACAUGAAAAAGUUGGGUAAAGCGGCUCCUCGUCAGAGACAUGAGCAGACCUCAGCUAUUUUCAUUUAUUUACACACAUGUAUUUUCAGAUUGUAAUGUACCUUUACUGGCCUACUGGUGUGCGUGCUUGCUUGGCUAGAAACCAUGCCGCUCGUUUGAACUGUUUUUAUAGUUGUUAUUAAAAAAGCUAUCCUGCUGGAC